CGCAGAUACAGAUAGAGAUAUUACAGCAAUCUCUAUCUCUAUCUGUAUUUACCAAAUUUUCUAAAUUUUUGAACAAAUAAUAAUUAAAAUCUAAACCCUGUUCAGCUCACUUCAAAAGCCCUUUUUCUCUCCCUCGCUGUCGCUGAAGCAACGAUUUUUUAAAGGUAUGCAGUCAGAUCAGAAGGUGAUAAGCUUGAGACCAGGAGGUGGUAGUGGUCCGCUCGGACCUAGAUUCUUUAUCCAUCGUUUCGAUUCUUCUUCUGCUUCAUCUUCGUCUGCUUCUGAUUCGCAAGCUCUGCUCUCUCAUGGCGGUCUCAAUCCCGCCUUUAAGAAGGGGGACUUGCGGUUUGAAGGUCAGGAAUGUGUUCGAUAUACCCGAGACCAGCUGUUGCAAUUUAAGGAGGUUUCUGACAUACCUGAAGAUAUUUUAAUGAUUAAACAAGAGAUUGAGUCUGAGUUUGAUGGCGAGGUUCAAACUUGGGGUGGCCAUGCAGAUAGAAAUUUGCAACCUCAGUCCCAAAGUCGUUAUUCCGAGACAGACAAUCGUGAUUGGCGUACUAGAUCUGCUGGAGAAGAGAAGGAUUCCAGUCAAUUUGAGUCGAAGCCACAGGGAUUCAACGCUGGUGAGGACCAACUAAAUUCCCAGUUUGCAAGGGCUCAAAUCUCUUCUAACCAAGGGGUGGGACCUGCUCCAGCUCUAAUUAAGGCUCAAGUUCCAUGGUCUGUUCGAAGGGGAAAUCUCUCAGACAAGGAACGUGUUCUGAAGACAAUCAAAGGUAUACUGAACAAAUUGACCCCAGAGAAGUUUGAUGUUCUCAAAGGUCAGCUGAUUGACUCUGGAAUUACAACCCCAGAUAUUUUGAAGGGUGUCAUCUCAUUGAUAUUUGAUAAGGCUGUUCUAGAGCCUACAUUUUGUCCCAUGUAUGCUCUUUUAUGCUCUGACCUGAACACGAGGCUUCCUCCAUUUCCAUCUGAUGAACCUGGUGGUAAAGAUAUCACUUUCAAGCGGAUACUUCUGAAUCAGUGUCAGGAGGCAUUUGAAGGUGCUGACAACCUGAGAGCUGAAAUUAGGCAGAUGACUGCCCCUGAAUUAGAAAUGGAACGACGGGAUAAAGAGCGACUUGUUAAGCUGCGAACUUUGGGGAACAUACGCCUUAUUGGGGAACUUUUAAAGCAAAAGAUGGUGCCUGAAAAGAUUGUUCACCAUAUUGUUCAGGAGCUUUUAGGAAGUGACAGUAAAGCAUGCCCGGUUGAGGAGAAUGUUGAGGCUAUAUGUCAGUUUUUUAACACCAUUGGCAAGCAGCUGGAUGAGAGUCCAAAAUCAAGGCGUGUCAAUGAUAGCUAUAUUAGUAGGUUGAAGGAGUUGACCACAAAUCAACAACUUGCCCCACGUUUGAGGUUCAUGGUUCGCGAUGUUUUAGAUCUGCGAACCAACAACUGGGUCCCUCGACGUGAAGAGGUGAAAGCUAAGACCAUUACUGAAAUUCAUUCAGAGGCAGAGAAGAAUCUUGGUUUGCGUCCUGGUGCAACUGCAAUGAUGAGAAACGGUCGUACGGGGGCUCUGGGGGGUAUGAGCCCUAGAGACUUACCUGUUACACGACCUGGUUUGGGGGGUAUUAUGCCUGGAAUGCCAGGAACCAAGAAAAUGCCUGGAAUGCCGGGCCUUGAUACUAAUAAUUGGGAGGUUCCUCGUUCCCGAUCGAUGCCAAGAGGUGAUGGCACAGGUCCUACCCAAUUUGCAGGACAGGUCCAGUCACCUUUAAUCAGCAAAACACCAUCUCUCAACUUAAAACUUUUGCCUCUAGGCAGUGGUGGUAUUUUAUCAGGGAAAACUAGUGCCUUGUUUCAGGGUGCUGGUGCUGCACCAUCCCAACCUGGAUUUGGUGCAGAAAUUGAACCUGUACCUCAGUAUUCUAAGACUGUUGCUCCUUCUGUAUCAGUAGUUGCUUCUCCUGAGAAGGUAGUGGCACCUGUAACAAACUUAAAUCUCGCAGAUCUUCGCGAGAAAACCAUCUCUCUGCUUGAAGAAUAUUUCGAUGUUCGAAUUCUCAAUGAAGCACUACAGCAUGUGUUGGAACUGAAAUCCCCAACAUAUUAUCCUGAGGUCGUUAAAGAAGCUAUUGCCCUUGCUCUGGGGAAGUUCCCUCCAUGUGUAGAUCCAGUAGGAAGGCUUCUCGAGUUCUUGCUAAGUAAGAAUGUCUUGACGACCAGAGACAUAGGAACCGGGUGUCUUCUAUAUGGCUCUUUGUUGGAUGAUAUCGCUAUAGAUUUACCAAAAGCACCAAAUAACUUUGGUGAGGUGGUUGGGAAGUUGGUUUUAGCUCGAGGUUUGGACUUCAAGGUUGUAAAAGAGGUUUUGAAGAAGGUAGAGAAGGAGUUUUUCCGGAAGACAAUCUUCGAUGCUGCUAUGAGGAGCAUCAGUUCCACCCCUUAUGGGGAAGAACUUUUGGAGGCGCAAGUAGCUGAAAUUCAGGCUUGUGAAAGUUUACUCUCUUGAUUUCAUUGGAACCCGUUUGGACAUAAUGAGAGGUUGGCUGGUGUAUCAUCUUAUACUUCCUAUAAUUGUCAUCUUUAAUUUACAUUUUACUAUCAAUGGACCAGGGAGCAGCCUUAAUUUGCUGUAUAUGCUUUUUAUUUUUUUGUUUCAAAUGUUCAAAGUGAAAAACAUAAUGUGUUCUCUCGAUUGCUGCCAGAUUGUUCUUCCCUGGGAUGCUCGAGAUGAAUAGGAACUUUGUGAUCUUGUUCCUUCAUUAGAUUCUGGAUUCAUAUGUACCAUGUUUUUGUCACCUACCUGGCCACAACAGGAUAAUCAAUUGGAUAAAGAACCUUUUUGUCUU